AAGACGCGUAUCUGUCAAAAAUCAAACAUGGCAGACGACGAACGACUUGUUUACAUGAUCAACGCAGCUAAAAAGCGACCUUUUUCUUGCGUGAUAUGCAAGUUUUCCACUAAAAGAAAAGAUUCUUAUAGAAAGCACGAAGAGAGUAGUAAACACCAACGAAACUUGAAGGUAGCUCAGACAAUACAUGUAGGUGCCAGUAAUUAUGAGCAAUACCCUGAAAACACAUACUCUAGUGACUUUUCAGAAGAUGAAAAUGUCAACUGGAGUUGUGCUGAACCAGAUAUUGAUGUUGUUGAGGAUAUCACACUUAAUGCUGAAAGAGAUGAUGCACCAAUAGAGCAAGAUGAUGUACCAACAGAGCAAGAUGAUGCACCAACAGAGCAAGUUGAUGAACAAAUAGACCAAGAUGAUACACAAACAGACCAAGAUGAAUGGAAACCAUUCUCUUCAAAAGCACAUUUUUACCUAUGUGUUUUAAGUGGUUCAAAAACUCACCAUGUUAGUGAUGAAAUUUUGAAAUUCAUUAUAUAUAUGAUGAAGAGUUGUGGCACACCAGGAGUUCCUUCUUUCGAAAAAGUGAAGAACAUUUGGUCGGAUGAUUUGGACAUUGAUAAAAUGCUGAAAAAGAAUACAGACAAGGAUGGAAAUAUUAGCUGGAUGAUCAAGCCUAUGGAAAUUUUAAAACUGCAAAUUUCCAAUCCUAAAACAGCAAAGAAAAUAGCCAGAUAUCCAACAGUUGAAACAACUAUUGCUUGUCACAGACAGUCUGGUGCUGCUAAAUGGAUGCAAGAUAUCAACUUCCCUUGGGCAAAGAUUGGUGACACCACUUUCCUGCAGAAUAUGUUUGUAAGAUUUGAAUGUGAAGGACAAGAAAACCUUGGGCAGAUCAAGAAGUUCAUGGAUGAUAUUGAGAAUGACAAAAUGCUUGCAGAGUUAGAAAUAUUCUGUUAUAACACUGAUGAAAACAAUGGGACUCCUUUCAUUGUCCAGACUGGGCGUUACAUUCAAAUUCCUCUGGAUGAAUGUGUACCAGAAGAAAUAGUGUCCAAUAUUCUGGUCAAACGCCAUCAAGGAAAUUCAUAUGCCAGUGUACCUAUUCCAGAAGAAGAAAAGAAGGCCAUGUUUGAGUUAACGCCUCUCUGGAAAGGGUUACCAAUCAUAAAUGUGCCAGUAAAUGUAUUCAUGGAUGAUUUAUCAUCAAAUAAAUCACGCAGAUGGUCCCCACUACAUAGCAUCCAGAUGCAACUGGCUGGGCUUCCUCUCAAGGAAAAAAGAAAAGGAUCCAGCACACUAUAUCUAGCAUCAUCAGAUACAGUUGGGAUCCUUGAUAUGAUGGCACCCAUAUGUGCGGACAUUGAAGAAAGCAAAAGCUCUGCUGUAGAUGCAUUUGAUGCAGAAAAUUUAGCACCAGUUGUCCUCUGCUCACAGGUAUCAUUACUUGUGACAGAUUACCACAUGAUGAGCCAUGCCUGUAAUCACAGUGGACCAUCAGCAACAAAAUAUUGUCCGAAGUGUAUGGCUGACAAAACGGAUCCUUUGCGAAAAAGUGAGCUGAGGACUCCAAACAAGACUCAGCGCAUAUUACAUCGUAUGAAUAUCAUGACAAAUACAAAAACACUGCAAAAAGAAACUGGGGUUAAACCAUAUGGAAAUCCUCUGUGGAAAUACAUAAACCCUCAUAGAGACACACCAAUUGGAGUACUCCACUUUCUAUAUCUAGGACUAGCAAAGCACUUAAUAAAGUUAUGCUAUGAGAGUCUGAGUCCUCAAAAAAAAGACGAGCUGAAAGUUCACCUCGACAGCAUCGAUCAAACUGGUUUCAGCUACAAAGUUUCAGCAAAAUCCAUGCUACAGUACCUGGACAGUAGGCAAGGCAAAGACUUCAAGCACUAUCUCCAACUGGCUCCCUUUAACUUCCAGUUUGUGGGAGCUGACAGGAAGCAUAUUAUGGCACUUAAAAAGUUAGCUUUGAUAUCAAAACAUAUGCAGCAGCUGGAAGGGGGAAUUGCAGAUGAAGUAGAGGAUUAUCUGAAUUUCGUUCAUGAACAUCUGCCAUCAUUAACUAGGAAAAGCAAAGCACAUUUAGGAGUCCAUUUAGCUGAUGAUAUACUUAGACAUGGCCAUCCACUGCAAUAUUUGGAAGAUCCAUUUGAAAAGAAUCAUGGCUGUAUACGCCAGUUUCUAUUCCACCAAAACCAGCAAGCAAAGUCAAGAGACUGUGCAAGACAGUUCGCAAAAUCAGAAUUGCUUGCACAUCUGAUAAGUGGUGGCUUCUUGAAAUCUUCUGAUUCGUGGCAUCCUCCAGGUCAUCAGGUGGUUAGUGAAGGAUGCUGUAAUGAAGUGGCCAGAUACCUUGGAAACCAAGAUGAUGAGGGGCACUACCAUCAGAGAAGAGUUUUAAGACUGAUGGACAGAUUACCUAAUGGCAAGCCAAAUGACAUGUCAUCAGAUCCUGUGGUCCAGGUGCAAGCCCUGCAAGCUGCUCUAGCUUGUGGAGGGGAUAUUUCCUUGCAUGAACAAGGGGUUGUCCACACUUUCCGAGGUGUUAAGACUGCCAGUGGCAGAGAUGCUAAGGUUGGGCAGUUUGUGACUUACAAAGAAGAUGGUGAGGAGCUUGUGGGACGUUUAAGGACAUUGAUGGAAGUAAAUCAGUGUAGGGCUGCAGAGAUUGAGAGGUGCCGUAGGAAUGAUCUCCAAAGAGUUGAAGUGUCUCGGGAAACUCCUGUUUGGAAAGAUAUAAAGUCACUAAUAGAGCCACUGCACUGCAUUCAUUCAUGUCGGGAGGAAAAUUGCGCAGUUCAGGAAUUACCAGUACCAAGAAAAACAGAACAAGAAUUCACAACAAAGAUAUGCAAGACAAUCAAACACAAAGACAGAGUUUUUCUCAUCAAUACAUAUCGCCUAACCCAUUCGAAAGAUUUUUAUUAGUCCUGUACAGUGUAUUUCUUCUAUCAAGUUCAUGCUACAACUGAACUUCUAUGCUACAUGUCACUUGAACUUAAUACUUGUGGUUAAGGGCUCAUCUUGGUGAGGGAGUGUGUCAUGUGUCAAAAGUAGGUCACUCUGACCUAUAUUUUUUUUACUUUUUACAUACAAGAUAAAAUUUAGUUUAAACAUUAUUUUAUUCAACAAGACACAAUAACAUUACAU